AUGCGUGGCAUCAUCGCAUCGAUGGAUAGUGCAGAAGUUGUGGUCACGAUGCACAUGUUAGAAACAUUGCUAGACGGUAUGCGUGAGUUUCUGUUGAAAAAAGAAACUAAACACAUACAAGAUGCAUUGGACGAGAUUCGGUGCCUGCUAGACUACGACACGUCGAAAAUCUCUCAGGUAAACAUGGCCAUCUUCACGUUUUCGGAUUCAAUUCAACCCGUGCUACGUCGACUGGACAUCAAACCACAUUGGAUGUUUGCAUUGUCGAAUUUGAUCCAAAGUGCUGUCCAGACAGCAAUCUCCUUGCUCAGCCCAGACGUCUCAGCCCAAUUGCAUGUCCAAGAUUUGUCCACGUCAGUCGGUCAGCGUACCUCAGUUUCUCGAGAAUCUGGCCAAUCGGAGCUUGAAAUUGUGGACAGCAGUCGGCCACCGUCUCGCGAAGAAAGACGUGAGGAACGAAAAGAGUAUCUGAAUAGCAUCAUCGAUGCCAAUGACAAGUUGAGAGAGAAAUUGAUCGCGGCGCAAGAAGAACUGAAACAACACCUCAUUUCGGGUAUCGCCCAAACGCAGAACAUGCGUGAGAUGGCGGCAGCAACCACAAGCUUAGUUUCAAGUGCGUUGACGAACGGCAUGACAACAAACUGGCGAGGUGCACCCUAUCGCAGCACCUAUCCACCAACGGGAUUCCCGCCGUUGUCGCCACGAAGUGUCACUACCGAAGAAUUGAUCAACUGGUUGCGUACGCUGGAAAUCGAUGAACGAUCAAUACGUUUAAUCGUUGCCGAACAGUAUACAAAACAGGAUAUGUUCGAAUAUGUUACCAGAGAAGAACUGCUGGCUUUAGGCGUGGCUGGCGGAGCGACGUGUCGUAUAUGGCGAGCGGUAAGUGAGGCACGUGAACGAGCUCGUCGUGCACCGGUUUUUCUGUCACCCAUGCGAAGUCGUGACGAUUCCUUGGACGACUAUCACUCAUCGAUUGCGGACGAGAUGUACACUGUGGCAGAAAUGACAUGA